GGCGUGUCUCUGUAUGUCUGAAUUUCAAGGAAGUUGUCGUUCUCGCGGCCGGCGGUGGUUGUUGUUCACGGUCGCCGGCGCGGAGAAAAGGCCGGUGGGGAAGAACCACCAUGUCCGACGCCUGGGACAGAUCUACAAAGAUCUCCUCUCUGAAAGAAACUGUUCUGAGGAAACUUUGCGAAGUUCUGGACAAAUCAAGCGUCAGAGGAUGGAGACGGCUCGGGGAGAUCGUCAACAACGACAGACGCUUUGAAGUCAGCUCCGACCACAUGGAGAUGUGCUCCCUGAGGGUCCUGGAGGUGGGAGGGAGCCCCAGCCUCAUGCUGCUGAGGCUGAUGGGAGAUCGAGGCUGCACCGUGGGUCAUCUGAGCGACUACCUGCAGACUCUGGGGAACACGGAAGCCCUGCAGUGUCUGAAACCACAAGCCCUGCAGAUCCUCCUGCAGCCUCAGUCCGUGGCUCUGCUGGUUGGACACAACCUUCGCCUCAGCUGCCUCGCCGUGGGGAAAUCUGACGUGCAGUACCAGUGGUUCAAGUCCCGAGAGGAGGUUCCUGGCAGCUGCUCUCCUGACCUGCUGAUCAGCUCCGUCCAGCUGAAGGACGCCGGCUUCUACAUCUGCAGGGUGAACGGCGAGGGCGCCUGUGAAUUCAGCCAGUGGGCUCAGGUGGACGUCCUGAACGUCGGGGUGUCUUACGGGCAGAGCUACCACUCCCUGGACGGACGGUUGAAGCUGGUGGUCCAGCCGCAGUCGCAGACGCUGCACGCCGGGGAGAGCCUGCAGCUGGAGUGUGGCGCCGUGGGGCGGCCCAUCCCUCGAUACCAGUGGCACCGGAACGGAGUCCCGGUCCCGAACGCCACCAAGCGAAAGCUCUCGAUCCCUCACGUGGCGCCGGAUCACGCCGGCAGGUACCGCUGCGAGAUCAGCAGCAGCAGAGAGAGGAUGUGGACCAACGAGGUGGACGUCUCCAUCGCGCCGAGGAUUUCGGUGAAGGUUUCAGAGCCAGAGGAGGUCUCUGAAGUGUCCGGUGAAUAUUUCCUGAACAGUCUUCCAGAGAAACUUUACGCAACCGACAAAGUGGCGCUGCUGAUCGGCAACCUGUCGUACCAGAACCACCCGCAGCUCAAAGCCCCCAUGGUGGACGUGUACGAGCUCACCAACCUCCUCCGGCAGCUGAACUUUAAGGUCGUGUCGCUGCUGGACCUCACGGAGUCGGAGAUGAGAAACGCCGUCGACGAGUUCCUGCUGCUGCUUCACAAAGGCGUCUACGGUCUGCUGUACUACGCCGGUCACGGUUACGAGAACUACGGGAACAGUUUCAUGGUGCCGGUGGAUGCCCCAAACCCCUACCACUCGGCCAACUGUUUAUGUGUGCAGAGCGUCCUCAAACUGAUGCAGGAGAAGGAAACGGGCCUGAAUGUCUUCCUGCUGGACAUGUGCAGGAAGAGGAAUUUCCACGAUGACAGCACGCCAAACAUCGUCCUGAGAGUGACGGCCAACAUCGUGUUUGGAUACGCCACCUGUCAGGAUGCGGAGGCCUUCGAGCUGAGCUCCACCAGCUUCAUCAAUGGAGUGUUUGUCAAGUUUCUGAAGAAGCGUCUGCUGGACGAUGAGAAGAUCACCGUGGUGCUGGACCGAGUGGCCGAGGACAUGGGCCAGUUUGACGCCACGAAGGGCAAACAGGCUCUGGAGAUCCGCAGCAGCCUGUCUGAGAGGAGAGCGCUGACCGACCCCAUCGUGUCUGGAGACGGCCACGAUCUGGCUCACGUUCACAGCCGCCAGUGGGCCAAAGCUCACGAGCUUCCGGAAAGCAUGUGUCUCAGCUUUGACUGCGGCGUCCAGAUCAAGUUGGGCUUCGCCGCUGAGUUCUCCAACGUUCUGGUCAUCUACACGCACAUCGUGAAGAAGCCCGCCGACAUGACCUUCUGCCAGGCCCACGUCACCGACUUCUCGCCGGACCUGGAUGUGGAUCCUAAAGAGAUGAACAGAGAGACUCCAGAGGAGACGGGGAUCUACCUGCUGUCCAGCAGCCUGCCGCAGCACUGCCUCUACACCCGCCUCAGCUCUCUGCAGAAGCUGAGGGAGGAGCUGGUCUUCACCGUGUGCCUCCAGGGCACCUUUGAAUCCAUGGGGGAAGAGCCCCCCAUCCACUGGACCAAGAGCGUCAACAUCAGGAAGCCUCUGAUCGCGCGGCUCGACCUCCACCGGCCCGUGCGCCGGAACAGCUGCCUGCAGACGUGCCUGAUGCCCCACAGCCCCUGCCACAGCCCCUGCCACAGCCCCGGGCCCGAACACCACGCCCACCUCUACCACGGCUCCGGCCAGGCGCCGGACUACAGCCGGCUGCUGUCGCAGCACCACUUCCUGGACGUGGCGGACCUCCCGCUGGGGGCGGUGGGGGGCUGCGGGACGCCCUUCGGUGACAGCACCAGCCCGUGUGGGAUUUCCAGCUCGCCCGGCAGGUUCAGCAUCCCCAUCGAAGCCAGCGACGACAUCAACGAGGUGCAGACCGUGUUCAUCAACAGCCUGCAGCUGCAGCCGCAGUGAAACGGAGGAAACGAUGACGCUUCCUCUGGAUUAGAGGCAUUAUUCUGCUGCUGUAAUUACUCUCUGUACCUAAAAGUCACAUUUUAUACAUUUAUUUUGAUUUAAAUUAAAAGAAUAUAACUUAUCAGUCAA